UGAGGCGGCGUCGGGAGUUGUCUUCCGCAAAGGUUGCCUGGCGUUGUCCAACAUGGAGGAGUCACUGGCCUCGGUCAUCACCUGCAAGAGGGACUAAUCUCCGCCUGGUGUUCAGGGACUUCGCCGCCCGCACGCCCGGCGGCAGCCCCCGUCUCCGGUUGCUCCUGCGGCCACGGGCUUCCCGGCGGGGAGGCAGCACAAGGAGGGAGCGCGGUGGCCCCGAGUUUCCCUAAGCCAUGGGCAACGAGGCGAGCUUGGAAGGGGAAGGGCUCCCUGAAGGGCUGGCGGCGGCAGUAGCAGCUGCCGGAGAAGGGGCUGGCGGGGCGGGGAGCCCCUUGCACACCGUGACUCCGGCCGGCAUGGAGGCGGAUCUGAGCCAGCUGAGCGAAGAGGAGAGGAGACAGAUCGCUGCUGUCAUGUCAAGGGCGCAGGGGCUGCCCAAGGGAAGCAUUCCUCCGGCCUCUGCGGAGCCGCCUUCCAUGCACAGGAAACAAGAGUUGGAUAGUAGUCAACCUCCAAAGCAGCCAGGAAAACCGCCGGACCCAGGGCGUCCAGUUCAGCCUGGUCUCAGUAAAAGUAGAACUACAGACACUCUGAGGUCGGAGCAGAAAUUGCCUGGAAGGAGUCCUUCCACUAUUAGCUUGAAAGAAUCGAAAUCCAGAACUGAUUUUAAGGAAGAGCACAAGUCUAGUAUGAUGCCUGGCUUCCUCUCAGAGGUUAAUCCUUUAAGUGCUGUCUCCUCUGUUGUAAAUAAAUUCAGUCCUUUUGAUUUGAUAUCAGACCCUGAUGCCUCCCAGGAAGAAGCCUCCAAGAAACAAAAAAUGUCUCAGAAGGAACAAGGAAAACCUGAAGGAAUCACAAAGCCUCCAUCACAACAACAGUCACCCAAGCCAGUUCCUAAGCAGCCAGGACCUGUGAGGGCCCUGCUUCAGCAGGACGGUUCUCCCAAAUCAGUAUCUCCUCAGCAGCCUCCAGAAACAGGAAAGCCAACUCAGGGCCUCACCCAGGCUCCUCAGACAGACCAGGCAAAAUUGCCACUUCAAAGAGAUGCAGCCAGGCCUCAGACUAAACAGACAGAUACAGUAAGGGGAGAGUCAGUUAAACCCUCACUGCAAAGCCCAUCCAAGCCACCUAUUCACCAAGUAAGUCCUGGAAAGCCUCCAGCCCAGCAGCCUGGACCUGGAAAACUUUCCACACCACAGCCUGGGCCUGCAAAGCCCUCAGCUCAGCAGCCAGGGCCAACGAAGGCCCUAGCUCAACAGCCAGGGACCCCAAAGACCCCGGCCCAGCCACCAGGAACAGCAAAGCCUGCAGCUCAGCAGCCUGGGCCAAAGGCUCCAGCUCAGCCUCCUGGGCCCGCAAAGACUCCAGCUCAGCCUCCUGGGCCCGCAAAGACUCCGGCUCAGCCUCCUGGGCCCGCAAAGACUCCGGCUCAGCCUCCUGGGCCCGCAAAGACUCCGGCUCAGCCUCCUGGGCCCGCAAAGACUCCGGCUCAGCCUCCUGGGCCCGCAAAGACUCCGGCUCAGCCUCCUGGGCCCGCAAAGACUCCGGCUCAGCCUCCUGGGCCCGCAAAGACUCCGGCUCAGCCUCCUGGGCCCGCAAAGACUCCGGCUCAGCCUCCUGGGCCUGCAAAGGCUCCGGCUCAGCCUCCUGGGCCUGCAAAGACUCCAGCUCAGCAGGUUGGGCCAGCGAAACCUCAGGUCCAGCAGCCUGGGCCAGGCAAGACUUCAGCUCAACAGCCUGGCCCAAUGAAGCCUCCUCCUCAGCAGCCUGGCCCAGCAAAGCCCCCUCCUCAACAAUCUACAAAACCUGUAAGCCAAACAGGGAAACCUCUGCAGCCACAAACUUUUCCAUCUGCAGCACAGACUCCAGUACAAGGCCUCCCCAAAACCAUCUGUCCUCUUUGCAAUACCACUGAACUUCUGUUGAAUGUUCCAGAAAAGGCCAAUUUUAACACAUGCACUGAGUGUCAAACCACUGUUUGUAGCCUCUGUGGUUUUAACCCCAAUCCUCAUUUAACCGAGAUAAAAGAGUGGCUCUGUUUAAACUGUCAGAUGCAGAGAGCUCUAGGAGGUGACCUGGCUCCAGUUCCAUCAUCACCCCAGCCCAAACCGAAGACCGCCCCUGUUCCUACAUCAGCAGUGAGCAAGCCAACCCCACAGUCACAGCAGAUUUCUCCAAAGAAAGAUACUACACCCAAACAGGAUGUCUCAAAGGCACCUGAGUCUAAAAAGCCCCCACCACUAGUGAAACAGCCAACCCUUCGUGGCUCCCUCCCAGUCACAGCCCAGCAGCCUCCCGUGGCAGAGUCCUCCUCCAAGCCGGCCCCUCCCAAAGAGCCUUCCGUCCCAUCUGAACAGGCCAAGGUCUCCGUGGCUGAUGAUAAACCAAAGCAGCCCAAGACAGAAAAGCCAGCCACGGACGUUGUGUCUUCAUUGUCAACAGCAGCAAAACCGGAUGUUCCAAGCUCCAAAGUACCAUCACAGGAUCAAGAGAAAGCAAUUCCUGCUGUAAAACCAGACUCUGCCAAACCCUCACAGAGUUUUCCACCCACAGGAGAAAAAGUCACCCCAUUCGAUUCUAAAGUCAUCCCUCGACCUGCAUCAGAUUCAAAACUUAUUUCACAUCCUGGGCCUAGUUCAGAGAGCAAAGGUCAAAAACAAGUUGAUUCAAUUCAGAAGAAGGACGAACCCAAGAAAGCACAAACCAGAAUGAGUCCUAAGCCAGAUGCCAAGCCUAUGCCAAAAGGGGCACCAACACCCCAAGGUCCACGACCUUCCGCUGGCCAAACUGCCCCCCCAUCUCCACAGCCCCCGAAACCUCAGGAGCAGUCGAGACGUUUUAGUCUGAAUCUGGGAAGUAUUUCUGACGUCCCUAAAUCACAGCCCACAACUCCUCAAGAAACAGUGACUGGGAAACUCUUUGGGUUUGGAGCAUCCAUUUUCAGCCAGGCAUCGAAUCUCAUCUCCACAGCAGGCCAGCCUGGGUCUCAUUCACAGGGUGGGCCAGCAGCCCCGACAAAACAACUCCCUCCUUCACAGCCACCUGCUUCUCAGGGGCCACCCAAAUCCACAGCACCACCUGCACCUGCAAAGGCUAUCCCUGUGAAAAAGGAAACCAAAGCUCUAGUAGCUGAAAAAUUAGAGCCCAAAGCUGAACAAGUUUCAACAGUAAAAAGAACAGAAACGGAAAAGAAGCCUCUGCCCACUAAGGACAGCAAACCUUCAACAGCCGAGCCUCAAAAGGCUGCUCUUCCCCCCAGACUGGAGGAAGUCCCCAAACCAGAAUCAGCCUGUCCUCUCUGCAAAACUAAACUCAACAUAGGUUCUCAGGAUCCUCCUAACUACAAUACUUGCACUGAAUGCAAGAAAGAAGUGUGUAACCUCUGUGGAUUUAACCCUACACCACACUUGACUGAGGUAAGCAGUAUUUGUAUCACAUAUGAAUGUGAGUAUAUCGUGUUUAUUCUGAAAUAUUUUGGUGGCCAAGUUUCUGAGCAAAAAAUACAUUUUUAA